AUGCGCAUUCCCAUACGGGAGCAGCUUGGGUUUUUGGUGCUGCUGGUUUCCUUAGUCGCUCUCGCCGUCAUUGCGGCCGCAACAUGGGUUACCAAUCACAACUUCGUUCUGGACAUCCGAGCCUCGCGUCUGACCCUAACGGCAUCGUUGAAGGCAUCACAGCUUGCUUCGAAUCUCCUGUUGAUGCAAUCAACCGUCCGUUCCGCCUCCAGCAGAAUUGUGAUCCAGCGCCAGCUUCAGCGUUACAACGAUGGCAAUGUCACCUAUCGGAGCUCCGCAAAUUGGACCACUUCGCAGUCCGACCUGGCCGCCGUUUUCGAUGGAGGUCAGCAGAUGACAUUACUGCUGCAAGCCCAGGUCUGGCCCAAGAAUUAUACUGGAUCAGCUGCAGACGCUGCCGUCUUCAGGGCUACCGCUUCAGUGGCCUCGGGCAAGCUCGCUCUUCCCAUGACCUAUGAUAAUGGUUCCACUGUCUACCUCGGUGACUCGGGCUUGGGCUAUCCGCCCCACCUGUAUCCCAAUAUGACAUUCACUUCCCAACGGCUAAACGACACUUUCAACGAAACGUUGGCUCAGUAUGCGGGGCAGACGCUGAACGAGACCGGAAGUAUCUUACUUGGUCCUUGGGAGUUGAACAAGACAUUCUCCUUGAUGUCUCUGACUGUUCCUAUCAUCAACAACACCUCCGCAUUCGAUAUCCUUGGUUGGAUAACCGUUGUUAUGGACGCCAAAUUGAUCUACCAGACCGUGGAUGCCGGUGAAGGACUCGACAACAGCGGCAUAACUCUCAUUGUUGGGCCUGACACCAUUGACAACAAGUUUCCUCCUGGCGUGCUUUACUCAAACAACAGCGGCAGUCCCCCCAAGGACGUGUCCGUUCGGUUCGUGUUACCGCCUUCGGAACUGGGGGGACGCCAUAACUCCCGAUUUACCGUCAAUCAAGGCGCAAAAGACAACAAUAAUGCGGGGUCCAUUAUAUCAACCAAGAAUGAGGAAAAGAAGGAUGUGGCAGUCGGCUUUGCUCUACCAGAGACAUCCUUGUGUGAUUGGAUUGUCCUUGUGGAGCAAACGCAUGCUGAAGUCUGGCAGCCCAUAAAUCACCUACGCAACAUCCUGAUAGCUUGUGUCUUCGGUACGGCUGGUGCCAUACUACUCUUGACGUUCCCGCUGGCACACUAUUCUGUUCGGCCAAUUCGCCGACUCAGAGCUGCUACACAGCGGUCUGUCUCUCCGACCGGGUAUCUGCCAGAUGACUCGAGCAUUUCCUCGGGUCACAUGGAUGGGGCCGAUGAUGCUGAAGUUCUUGCCCGCAAGGAAGGGUUCCUAUCGAAAAUCACCUCCUGGAGACACGGGAGGCGGCGAACUGGUGUGGAACAACGAGAGGUCGAAAGAAGGCGACAGUUCAGGAUCCCUGAGAAGGUCAAAGACCGUAAGCAUUUGAUUCACGACGAGCUCACGGAUCUUACCACCACGUUCAAUGAAAUGACAGACGAGCUCAUGAUGCAGUAUGAGAAGUUGGAAGAAAGAGUCAAGCAACGUACAGCUGAGCUCGAGGAGGCAAUGAAGGCUGCCGAAGCUGCCAACGAGAGCAAAACUCUAUUCAUCGCUAAUAUUUCGCAUGAGCUGAAGACUCCUCUCAACGGCAUCCUCGGCAUGUGUGCUGUGUGCAUGUCGGAAGACGAUCCGGUCAAGCUGAAGCGUUCGAUGGGUAUCAUUUACAAGAGCGGGGAUCUGCUGCUCAAUCUUUUAACGGAUCUUCUGACUUUCAGCAAGAACCAAAUGGGCCAUCAGCAACUCUCACUCGAUGAAAAAGAGUUCCGCCUGCGAGAUGUAAGCACUCAGGUUCUAGCAAUCUUCGACAAGCAAGCCAAAGAGAGCGGCAUCACUCUCUCUGUACGAUUCGAAGGUCCAGCCGACCUUAACCCUGACGAAUCUGCUCAACGAGGUGAACAGGGCCUUGCCCCACAUGGGCUCGGACGCGUGAAGGACAUGAUUCUGUGGGGUGAUCAGCAUCGAAUUCUCCAAGUCCUAAUCAACCUGGUCUCUAACGCUCUCAAAUUUACACCUAAGGGUGGUUCCGUCUCCUGCACAAUCAGAUGUGUAGGGGAUGCGACCAUUACGCCAGGAUUCGGGAGUCGCAAAGGAUCUCUCAAUUCUCAGUCGCGGCAAGGCUCUGGUCGAAACUCUAGAAAUCGCAGUAGGAUGGAUUCGAGCUCAAUGUCCUCCCAAGUCACGCCAAGACGUACGGAUACAGCGAACCAUAUCAAUAUCCUCCACGACAAGGCAUAUGCUCACAUCCUGGAAGCGGAGAGGGCGCCAUCACCGCCACCGGGACGAUUUCUUGCUUUCGAAUUCGAGGUCGAGGAUACAGGCCCAGGCGUCCCCGAGCAUCUUCAGCAACGUAUCUUCGAGCCUUUCGUACAAGGAGACCUUGGGCUCAGCAAGAAAUACGGUGGAACAGGCCUCGGGCUAUCCAUUUGCCAGCAGCUCGCAACCCUGAUGAGAGGUACUAUCAACCUCAGGAGCAGCGUUGGUCAGGGUAGCACUUUUACAGUGGAAAUCCCUCUGAAACAUCUCAAGACACGAGCAGACAGCACUGCCUCGUCAAGAGUUUCAGAUCCCGCAAAUGGCAGUCGGAAGAGCAGUCUGUCUAUUGAGUCUCCAACAUCUCGCACGGCAGAGGAGAGCACUGGAGCGGCAUCUGUCCCGUUCGAGACGGACUCUCAGCCACGUUCACAAGGUGCAGCAAUGGAUCGCAUUGCAGCCCAGACGUUUAAUAAAAGUGAUAGGCUUAAGGUCCUUGUCGCUGAGGAUAACAAGACCAACCAAGAAGUCGUCCUGCGGAUGCUGAAACUUGAAGACGUGUACGACGUAUCGAUCGCGAAAGAUGGCCAGGAGGCUCUGGACAAAGUCAAAGAGAGCAUGGAGAACCAGAACCCUUACGACCUGAUUUUCAUGGAUGUGCAAAUGCCAAACCUCGAUGGUAUCCAGUCCACCCGACUUAUUCGGCAAGCGGGAUAUUCGGCGCCCAUUGUUGCCCUUACGGCUUACGCGGAGGAAAGCAACGUGAAGGAGUGCUACGAGUCAGGCAUGGACUAUUUCUUAUCGAAGCCGAUCCGACGCCCUGCAUUGAAGCACGUCUUGAAGACUUACUGUGCUCCUAUACCGGAAGAAACGGAGCCUGGAGACAGCCCUCCCUUGGAUUCGAAGAAGAAAAAGGGCGCCGCGUAUAAGCUAGUGGCGAGAUCGGGCGCAAAGAAUGAUACUCCAGAGCCUUCGCCUUUGUCAUGA